ACAGAGUUGUAAUGACUAAGUGUCGUGUUUUCCAGAACUCUCAAGAAAAUAUUAGUGUAACAAAUUGAGUUGUAGAAUAUUUCUAUCUUAGUGUGAGAAAUGUAACAUCAUUAAUAUCGAGUAGUUAUAUACAGAUGAAUGAUUAACAGCAAGAAAAUAAAGAUGUACAAGGAUGUGUAUAAACUGAAAUUACAUCCAAGUUGAUUUAUGCUUGAAUGUUGUAUAUCAAAAAUGAAUGAAUUAAAAAAGAGCCUGAUCACCACUGUCACAUUAACCUAUGAAUAGAUGCCUACCUAGAGUUUAGUACAAUGUUAACACAAAGAAAACUUGGUAUUUCUAAUCAGAACUGCUGUUACUACUUUACGAAAGGAUCCAUGAAGAAAAUGUUAUUUCUGCUUGCUUUGCUUCAAGGAGUUUUGGUAUGGUACUUGUAUCGCGGGGAGAAGGUCAUUUCAUCUUCGGUCUUUUCUGAUCGCGAGCCCACUAGGCCUGUUCGUGAAUACGCGUUUCAGGGUUUUCAUCAGUCAGGUCUCUUUCACAUACCACUGACCUAUCAAGAAGACAUGAACUCCUUCUAUGCUGAAGUGGCUAAAGAUGUUUGGUGUUUUGUCAGAGGACUGGAUCUAGCCAGCUCUCAAAAACAGCAUAGCUGCAUUUGCCUGACUGGUUGGUAUGGUUUAGACUGUGGUCUUCCACAGGCUGUUUGGAGCUCAGAGUUCCUAAUGAAUGGAAACAAACCAGGGGUUUGGAUCAAGAGGAGGGGUCGACCUAGGAGAUUAAUCAAUGGUGUUGUCUUUACAAUGGACUUUGAUCUUUUGGAGAUACGGAUAAAUGAGCUGAAUAAUUCAGUGGAUGCUUUCCUUGUGGCAGAACAGAAUUGUUCUACCACGAGAGAUGAAACAUCUUUACCCCUGUUAUCUAAACUGCAACAGGGCUUCCUUAAGGAAUUCCAACAUAAAAUAAUUUAUGUUUCUAUUGGUGAUAUUAGUUUGCAGAAGUUUGAAGCUGUGGAAGAUCAUGAAUGGGAGCAUACAGCACAGGUGGACAUGUGGAGAAAUGGCAUCCAGAUGUUAACAGACUUUCGGCCUGAUGACAUGUUUGUCUUUUCUAAAAUGUCAGACAUUCCCUCAGGUGACGUGCUUCUAUUUUUUAAGCUCUAUGAUGGCUUUUCAGAGCCAGUUGGCUUUCACUUGAGGUCCGUAAUGUAUAAUUUUGCAUUAAAGGAACCUCUGUCUAGUUACAAUAAUAACAGCAAUAACAUUAUGUUAAUUGCAUGUUCCUUUGCAUUUUUCAGUUCUCUUUGUGAUUACAAUGUAAAUGAUUUGCAAGAAAGCACAUGGAAACAGUCACAACACCUAGCAAAAUUUGAGAGCAACUUUGGGAAGGUAAACUACUGGAAAGUUGGAUCUUUAAAGGCACCUGCUGGUUGGAGUUGCCGAUGGUGUCUCCGGCCACUUGAUCUUGGAAAAGCUUUGGCUGACCAAAAGUGUCCAAACAAACCAAUAGGUGUUCAUGUGGCCAAUAGCUUAUUAAAAGAUAAUAACUCGCUUGCUUUGGAGAUGUUUAUCAAGAGAGGAAUGUCACUGGAUAUGUCUUUCGUUGGUCAUCGAGUAUUUCAACCAGAAAAUGGUCAUCAUUAUGCUCCUUCUUACAUUCUUCUGAACAAGAAGAAGUUUGAUUUCCUUUUGGGAGAGUGUUAUGGAUCAGAUACUUUAAGGAAUGAAACUCUGAAUAAAAGUUAAGUUAUUGUUUGUCAUGCAUCUGAAGUUAGUGACUAAUUUAUUAAACAUGUAUGUAAAUUUGAAAGUGUUGACAGAUUUAAUUAACAAAUUGAAAUGCAAGUCAGAUGGCAUCACAGUACAGGUUAGUGUAUUAACACAUAUUUAACACUGUAAGUAAAUGAGGCUUUGCUCUAUAUCUGAUUAUGAUGCUAUGGGAGACACUAACUACAGAUACAUGAGGUGACAUGAACUUUAAGAAUAACUAUAAUCAAUACUGGUUGGUAAGCUUUUUCAUGACUAUUUUGUAAAGCCAAUUAAGGUAGUAACUGCAGCUCAUAACUUGUGAAAACAAGUUUCUGAUGUCUAGUAAUAUGUUUUAUAAAAACAGUUGUCAUAGAACUAGCCCCUAUGGUCUGGCGAUACUCAGAACCAAGCUUGAACGGGUGAGAGCACGUUUAAGUGGAGUGAACGAGACCUCAGUGUAAUUGGGCCAUCUCCUCGAUCUCAAGAAUGAAAUCUUACAUUGAAUAAUUAAGAGUGACCAGGUCAUCUAGGAACUGGUUUUGAAUUGUGCAUAUUUACGUUACGUACAGUCUAAAUUUGGAGGAAGGUGAUUAUUAUUGUAUCCGUUUCUCUGCACUAGCAGCCAGUAGGUUAAUAUAAUUAAGUUAAACAAAUUUAGUGGAAAAAGUUUUCCCAUAGCUCUGUGUGAAUGUAUACUUAUGUGAUUUUACUGAUUUUAAGUUUUGAAUGAAACUUAUUCUGUGGUGUGAUUCAGAUUUUCCAUAUUACAUGUACAAACACAAAAUCUUAAUACAUUGUUUUCGUUUGUUUCUUGGACAGUUGUUUACUCUGUAAUGAUUAAUGGGAUUUAUAUAAUCAGUACGCCGAGUGAUUAGCUACAUUGAUUAGUAUGUCAUAAAAUUAUGAUAAUUGUCACAGAAAUAAUCAACUAAUUGAAAUUAGUGUUUGAUUAUUCUAACCCUUCAAAUAAUUGAAAUGUUGCCCUUAUGAUUUCUCAUGUUGUUUCAGUCAAUUAGUGCGAUAGCUAACAAAGAUAAGUGUCAAUGUAACAUUUUGCAAAUUCAAAAUACCUUUUUUUUGGCUCACUUUACACUGGAAUAUUGUGUACAAAAUAAUUUAUACCCAUGAUGAUGUUAUUUUCCUCUACCUCUAACAAGUAAAGUGACAUGUACUGGUAAGUUUGCUGUCAUUUUGUACGGUGAUAACUCACCUAAAGUAUUCAUUGCCUAGAUGUAGUUGUGUUUUUUUAUGUUCACUGCCACUCGUUAUAGUUGUCUUCCUAUAAGAUCUUAGACUCAAUUCCCUGAACUAAGCGUACAUAACUUAUGCUGACCUGUACUUAACAGUAAUCCCACUAGUUAGGGGCAUGUAUGUGUUAUUAAUAAUCUGUUUUAGGAAGAAACUUGUGGAACAGUAUUAAUCAUAUUUUCUGCAUGUUUAAUACAACAUUGAUUACAUGAUACAUUUUCAUGUACAACAGUUUAGGAUUAAAAAAGCAACUUAAUCUUAUAUUGUUGUAACUGAAUAUGUCUGUCUAAUUAAACAAAGAUUAGUUGAGUGUAAAUGAUUAGUGAGCCUGACAAUUAAUAGAUUAACACUAAUCACCCAGCUCUAUUCCACAGUCUAGUAAUGUGUUUCUUUGACCAAUCUGUUUAACUGUUAUCAAGCUAGAUCAUCAAGUGGUCAGUUACCAUGAGAACUUGGUAUACAAGGUAUGUAGUUUGGAGGAUUAUUGAGGAGACAGGCUAUCGGAGAGUUUUAACUGUGAUAUUUGGGUUAUCAAAUAAGUCUGAUUUCCCUGCCGAAUUACUUGAUUAUUGAUAUAUCAUCACACAGAUAGCUGUUCACAGAAAUCAAGAGGGUUGAAAUCAUAUUAAUCAUACAUUGAUUUAGUAGUUCACAAUUAAUAAAAUAACCACUGUGUGUUUGAUGCCUGGAAUGGCCAGGUGGUUAGGGCUCUCAACUCGCAAUUU